UCGGCAAACCAUUAGAUUGAUCUCACAAUUCCACAAACUCACAAGUUGCAAACACAUAAAACAAAACGAAAAGAACACAACAAACCAUCUAUUUCCACUGGUGCAAAAAUGAAGCUUUCAAUCACUGCAAUCACACUUGUUUCCUGGUUCAAUGUGGUCAUUUCCUUGGACAAUGGCCCUGUCAUUGUUGAACGUGAUCUUCAGUUCGGAGAUGAGGAUUUCUUGGGACGCCAAGGUGGCAACAAUGGCAAUGGUAAUGGCAACGCCAAUGGCAAUGGCCAAGGCCAUGGCCCUCCUGAUUUUGUGCUUGCAAAGUUCAAUGAAGACAAUCAAGUGAAACCUGGCCGGACCCUUCCUGUGCAGGAAGUUACUGGAAACUCAGUGCAUGUUGGGGGGCGCCCGAUUUCCUUAGAUGACAACGACCUGACCCCCUUUAAUGUGUUUGCCAAAGGAGCACGUGUUUUUGAGGAUGGAGCUGAGCAGGUUCUGUCUCCCCUUGUGUUUCAAAGCAACACAGACAGCUCUGUUACAAUCACCAAGGGUGCUGAAGGACGGUUGUUGUCAGCAACCAAAAGAGGAAAUGGGAAUGGGCGCGGUGUCAAUCUGGAUGUUCUUCCUGUGGUUGACAAUUACUUUGCAGAGCUUGAUGUUGACGAUAUCAGUGAUGAAUUGUUGGCUGAAUUCACUCUGGCAGAUGCAUUGAGCCAUGAUGACCGUCGUAACCUCCGAUCCAUCAGUCAGUUGAAGGAGCCUAUGAGCACCCAUGAUCAGCAUAAAACAAUUGAUCGCUCUCUGCAAACUGUCUUCGAUGUUGUUGAAUUUGACAUUGUUGUUGAUAGCUAUUUCUGUGCUGCCUAUGGAGGAAAUCCAACUGAUGCCCAGGCAAGGGCAAUCUCAAUUUUUGCUGAGGCUAGCAAGAAAUAUGAAGUUUUCAAUGUGAAGCUCAAGAUCAAGACUUUGGCCACCUACUGCAAUCCAGGCAAUGACCCGAUUCGAUCCAUGAUCAAUAGCGCUGGCUCUUCUGAUGUUUGCAGCACCUCAAAUUCCCUCUUGGAGCAGUUUUCAAACUUUGUAGCCAACCAAGGCACGUUAUUUGAGGGCGACCUUGUCCAUCUCUUCCAUGGAUUUGACUUCACUGGAACCAGCACUAUUGGGUGUGCCUACCUAGACGUGCUUUGCAAUUCAUUCUACAGGACAGGUGUCAAUGAAAUGACCUGGACUGGAUCUCUUUUGAAUCAGGCGCUCCUCUUUGCUCAUGAAGCUGGGCACAACCUUGCUGCAGAGCACUUCCCCAAUGAAGGAUUCAUCAUGUAUGCCUUUCUUUGCAACACCUGCACAUCGUUCUCUUCCACAUCCAUUUCAACCAUUACCAAUGCGAUCAACAAUGCUCCUGCUGGUUGUAUCCACCAAGAAAAUGAUGGCCCUAUAACCCCAUUCCCCACCCCAUUCCCUACACCUUUCCCCACCCCUUUCCCCACUCUAGCGCCCCAGCCAGCUCCCACCUCUACACCUGCUCCCCAGCCAGCUCCCACCAACCCAUCUCCUGAUACCUGCAUGGACAAUCCUAAUUGGAGUACCUGGGUUUGUGGCUACUGGUGUUUUGUGGCUGACUGCACCUGGUUUGCUAUGAACGAUCCCUGGUGGUACUGCGGCUAUGAUGUUGUUUACCACAACUGCCCUCAAACUUGCUACGCUUGCUGGUAGAGACUUGCCCCAACCCUCUAUUCAACCCGGACGUGCACAUCAGUAGGAGGACAACAAGUCUUCAUCUAAAAAGGAUCAAACCCAAAAACACCAGAAACAAUGAAAAUACUUGAAAAAGGCAGAAACAAAUGAAAAACAUCCGGAAACGGACCCAAACCACAGAAAAAAUCAGACCAAACUCUACAUGACCAAGAAAGGCAACCGCAAGUCAUUGUGGCCCAAAGCAAAAAAAGUAAAAACACAUACUAGUCCAGGGUGUAUUUAAAAUUGCGAGUGCCUGUGUCAUUUUCGUGUUCUGAAGAUUGCCUUUCAGUUCGUGAUCCAUUGGAAGAGGAUCAAAUAAAUGAUGAAGUCACCGACACGAAGUCUGCAAC